AUGGAAGGAAGAAUAAAGAAGGGAAGGGAAGGAGAAUUGAAGAAGAAGGGAAAGGAGAAUGGAAAGAAGAAUAAAGAAGGGAAGGGAAGGAGAAUUGAAGAAGAAGGGAAAGGGGAUUGGAAAGAAGAAAAAAGUAGAAAAGGAAAGAAGAAUGGAGGAAAGAAUAAAAGUUCUGGUGUUUCUAGAGUUUCUGGUGUUUCUAGAGUUCCUAUUGUUCCUAGAGUUUCUGGUGUUCCUAGAGUUUCUAGUUUUUCUAGAGUUCCUGGUGUUCCUAGAGUUCCUGUUGUUCCUAGAGUUCCAGGUGUUCCUAGAGUUCUUGGUAUUCCUAGAGUUCUUGGUGUUCUUAGAGUUCCUGGUGUUUCUAGAAUUCCUGGAGUUUCUAGAGUUCCUGGUGUUCCUAGAGUUCUUGGUGUUUCUAGAGUUCCUGGAGUUUCUAGAGUUCCUGGAGUUUCUAGAGUUCCUAUUGUUCCUAGAGUUUCUGAUGUUCCAAGAGUUCCUAGUGUUCCUAGAGUUCCUAGUGUUCCUAGAGUUUCUAGUGUUCCUAGAUUUCCUGAUCUAGCAGCCAAAGUUUAA